AUCUUGAGUGUGCUCAGUUUCUUGCGUUAAAUUUCCGAGUGAGUUCUUGUAUCUGUUUAGCGUUUUCGACCAUGGCUGACGUCAAUAAAAUGACGGUGCCACAACUUAACAACUUCCUGCGUAAAUUCGGUGUUUCAUCGUCCAACUAUAACAAGAAUAUUCUUCUUGCAAUCGCUAAAACUUUGCAUGAUUUGGAACCCAAGGAAGACCAUGAUUUGUUACACCACUACCCUAAAAACGAUGUCGCUACAAGACUUAGCAAACUUGGUUGCAAUUUCACCGAUCCUUUUAAAUUACCUGGUUAUUCUAGUUAUUUCAGUAAUGUUCCAGAAUUCGGCUUGUCCGACGUGUUCAACUAUUUAAUGUGUCAUCGACCCGAUUAUGACCGGAAGAAGCUUAGGGCCUACAAAUCGUUCGAAGAUUUCAAAUUAUGUUUCGACGGGCAUGUGGUUGACCUGCAGUACACUGCGAUUUCCGAAACAAGUUUACUUGGUUCUUUCAAAGCGAAGGUAAACCCUAUGCUAAAAGAUAAAACGUGUUUCGAAAAAUGCAGUUAUGACUUGUGGUUCUUGAUGGAAAAGGAGAUCUCUGAAGUCGUAGCUGCCUAUUGCGAAUGUCCUGGAGGAGCUGAUGGUAAGUGUUGCCAUGUAGCAGCAACACUCUAUGAACUAGAAAAAAAAGUGUCUGAUGGGCCUUGUCUGUGGGCAAAACGUCCUAUGCAGCAUGUUGAACCUGUAGCUGUUAACAAUCAUAAAACUCAAGUAUCGUGCUAUGAACAGAUUGACACAGAGGAUAGUGAAUUUGAUCCGAGACAUCCAGAUGAUAGAGCACCUAUUUCACAGUUAGAGCAAGAUGAAUUCAUGAAAGGGCUUGCACAGAUAGCACCAGAAGCUGCAGUUCUAUUACACCUGCCUCCAUCUGAGUCAACCACAAAUUCAAAGAAAGGCGUUGGUAUAGUUACAAGAGUGAAGCAAAAACAAAACAAAAGAACUAAGAGAAGAAAAUAAUCGAAUGAACUUGAAAUGAGAGGACGGGAGAGGUUCAUAGUUACCACUGGACUGUAUUGGGAAGAUAUGAGCACCGUCUGUAGUUCAAUUGCCAACCCAUGAUGAUUUGCAAACCCAAUAUGGUGGAAAUACAUUUCUGUCCAAUCUUCUUCUCGUUAACACAAUUGUAUCUCCGUCACAGUCAGCCUUCUGUUUUGUGUUACUACGAACAGCCAUUUUCCGCAGCUAUUUAUUAAUUUGACAAUUUCAUCACGGACUAUGUUGUGCUAAUAGUAUUAUUGAUAUAAAAAGUUGCAUGUGAUAUACUGAAACUAAGAAGAAACAACAUUGUGUUUACAUAUAUAGCUCGGAAAGAAACAUUGAACACUAAUUUCACUCAAAAGGAUUUCAUAACAUCUCCAUUUAUCUUUUUUCCUGGUUAUUUCUGGCUAACUCAACAAAACAUUUUAUUCAGAGUCGGGUUGUAAAAUGAUUAAAGUAACUGGGUGACUUGAACAUGACUGUUAACCAACAUGGACUUGAAAUUUGGGUGUGUUCGAAUAUGCGAGUGCCAGUGGUAUGCAAAGCAGCUAUGUGCGGUGAUGAUAAGUUCACGUAUAGAACAGUGUGGAGUUUGACUUCUGUCUUAUACUAUACCACGGCAUAUACCACAUAUUUUGGGUUUUUCUAUUUGGU